AGGACGGUGUUUGUUCAAGCCCAGAAAGGACGUGGUCGAUGAUGUCCUGUUUAUAAUCGACACAAUAUCGAAACUAAAUGACGUCCGAAGAGGGUUUGGGCCGGGCGAACGUGUCCGCGUGCGAAAAUAUAAAUAUAACCUUUACGCACAAAUUCCUCCCCACAGUCUACGUGAUUGUGUUCGUUGUCGGUACGUUUUUCAAUUUGUGGGGGCUGAGAAGCAUGUACACGGACUGGAACAAGGUGGGCAACAUCAACAUUUUCAUGCUCAACCUGGGAGUGGCAGAUCUGCUGUACCUGUGCACGUUGCCGUUUUUGGUCGCGUAUUACGCGCAAAACAGCAAGUGGACGUUUGGACAAACUUUCUGCAAAGUGACCAGGUUUUGCUUCAACCUCAACCUGUACGGCAGUAUCGGAUUCCUGACGUGCAUCAGCGUGUACAGAUACCUCGGCAUCGUGCACCCCAUGAAAGUGAUGGGCAAAAUCAGAAGUCGCCACUCCACGGCAAUAAGUUUGCUCGUCUGGGUUUUGGUAUUCAUCCAAAUUCUACCUGACAUGUUUUUCGACAAGGCUCCGAAAAAUGCAUCGGACACGUGCUACGACACCACCGCCAACCACCUGAUUAAGUAUUACCUGUCUUACAGCAUUGCCUGGACCAUCACUGGAUUCGCCAUACCCCUACUCAUCAUUCUGGCCUGCUACGGCCACAUCAUAGUGGUCCUUGCCACAAACGGGAACGACAACAGUUUGUUGAAGCAAAGGUGCCUCAAGCUUGUCGUCCUUCUCCUUUUGCUUUUCUCCAUUUGCUUCAUUCCCUACCACGUGUUUAGAAAUUUGAAUUUGAAAACCAGGAUUUUGAAGCUGGAGGGGACGUGCUACAGCAGCUUCGACGACAUCUACAUUUCCCAUCAGGUCAGCCGCGGCCUGGCCUGCCUCAACAGCACAUUAAACCCGAUGGUUUACCUGGUUGGAAAUGAGAGUUUUAUGGAGCGCGCCUCUAAUUUCAGCAAACAGGCCAGACUGUCUGUCUUCAGGUGGAAAGACACAAUUACCUCUCGUAAGUCCACAGUGCCAUGCCACGGAGAUGUAACACCACCCGAAAUACAAACUAACAGUACUGCAAAUUCUGUUAGACUCGAGUUGAUUGUUUAGUUUGUUCAGUAGGCCUAGUGCAUGAAUAUUUA